AUGCGCUCCCUCGGGCAGAACCCCACCGAGGCGGAGCUGCAGGACAUGAUCGCCGAGGUGGACAGCAACGGCAGCGGCACCAUCGACCUCCAGGAGUUCCUCGGCCUGAUGGCGCGCAGGAUGGACACGGAGUCGUCGGAGCUCAGGGAGGCGUUCCGCGUGUUCGACAAGGAGCUCAGGGAGGCGUUCCGCGUGUUCGACAAGGAGCUCAGGGAGGCGUUCCGCGUGUUCGACAAGGACCAGAACGGGUUCAUCUCCGCGGCGGAGCUCAGGCACGUGAUGACCAACCUCGGGGAGAAGCUGAGCGACGAGGAGGUCGGCGAGAUGAUCCGCGAGGCCGACGUGGACGGCAACGGCAACAUCAACUACGACGAGUUCGUCAAGGUCAUGAUGGCCAAGCGAAGGAGCAAGAGGACGGAGGAGAAGGCCGCGGUGCGCGGCAGGAAGAAGGCGGGGGCGCCGUCCGACGCCGUCAAGCGUAGCCAGAAAUGCGUGAUCCUGUGA